AUGGCUAUUACUAUUCUCCCUCCGGUUGUGGAGGAUGUCGACGUUCCGUACUCCGACUCGGAGGACGACGCCAUGUCCGUGGAUUCAGAUGGAGGAGUCGAUCUAGCAGCGGGAGAUGCCACAAGACCUAGCAAGCGGGUUCGCUUAGUGGAGGGAACGAAUAUUGGCGCUGGAGUUCUCACACCGGGUGAGAUUGUAACAGAUGACCCGCAAUGGAUGAGAGGACACGGCACAUACACUAACCCACUAUCCACCUCCAUCAUUGCCACCGUCGCCGGUACGGUUCAGAAGACCAACAAACUGCUCUCCGUCCAGCCCCUACGCGCCCGCUAUACGCCUGAGAUCGGUGACCUGGUGGUGGGGCGCAUUGUCGAGGUGCAGUCUCGCCGAUGGAAGGUUGAUGUCGCUGCUCCCCUUCUCGCACAGCUUCCUCUCUCCGCUAUCAACUUGCCUGGUGGUAUCUUGCGUCGACGAACGAGCGCCGAUGAAUUACAAAUCCGAACCUUCUUCAGCGAGGGUGACCUCGUCGUUGCUGAAGUCCAGUCGGUACAUUCGGACGGAGGCGCCUCGCUGCACACCCGGUCGCUGAAGUAUGGUAAACUGAGGAACGGCGUGUUUCUUGCGGUGACGGGGACGGGUGGCAGUGGUGCGUCCAGCUCGUCGGUCAAGGGUACUUCGGGGGCGAGUGCUACGGGAGCGGGAGCCGGAGGUGCAGCGGGUGCUGGUGGAGUGGUUCGGUCGCGCAGACAGGUCUGGACGAUCAAUACAGCCAAUGGAGGUGGGGAUGUGGAUGUGAUUUUGGGAGUCAAUGGAUACAUUUGGAUUUCUAAGCACGCCGACGGAGCGGCUGCUGCAUCGUCGACAACGGAGAAUGUGUCAAUCACACGCAUGGAGGAGAUGGUGUCGAGUUCCAUCUACUCGAGUCAGAACGAUGACAUCCCGCCACAGACGCGUCGGGAGAUUGCCCGGUUGGCGCAGUGCAUUCGGGUGCUUGUCAACGGAGGAGUCCGGGUGGACGAGGAGACGGUGAUGGGAGCCUACGAAGCCAGCUUACAGGUGGAUCUGGAGGUGGGAGAUGAAGAGGAUGAAGAAGAUCGGGGCAAGGAGGGCAGAGAAUAUCUGGAGGGCGACAAGGCUCGUCGGAUUCUGGAUUUGGUGCUACAACAACUAUAG